AUUUUGUUUCUCCUGGAGAGGGUUAUGUUUGGAGGCAUGCUUUUUUGCUAAAUAUUUUCCCAUUCUACUUAAUGUUUCACCACCCACUCUGCAAGUAUAUAUUCAUUUUAAUAGAUUUUACUGAUUUUAAUGGUCAGGGAAAGUAUCAGGCAGCCCCACAUCUGGAUUUUUCAAAUACAUCUAAAGUUUGUGCGUUAACUGUGUUCCUGCAAUUCUUUCAUACAGUGAUUAAUUGUAGAAGUGAAUGCUACGGAUACUUUCUUGUUUCCUUCCUUAGCUUUCUUGUACAUCCUGCAGACUGAGAGGCGCUAUAUACUUCCUUACUGAUGUACAUCUCCCAGGCUCAGACUCCUGUUCUCAUGACGUUCCAGGAGGAUCCAGCCUGCAUCCCUACAUUACUCUAGUUAUUGGAGGCAUCCAGAUAGUGAAGAUCACCUUUACCUGAACAACCUUUUGGCGUGUUUUUGCAAUGCUGACUGCUGUAUGUAGCUCUCUGGGUAACCAACCAUCAGAGGCUCCUGGAUCUCCAUCCUCCUCUGAGCGGUCUCUGAAAACCUACACACUCCCUCCAGAUUCUGAUCCAGCAUUGUCUGUCCUGCAGGAAACUGACCAAAACCCAUCCUAUUCUUCUACUGAGCGAUACACAUCUCUCUCCUCUGUAAGGCUUCCCUGCCAAUCUUUUUCAAGCCAGGAAUCUGCAGAGAACACAUCAUUCACCAAAUUUCUAAGCCCACCCUUUGAGAUGUCUCAUCCAUAUGAGUCCUGGAUGAGACCUCCAACCUCGGGAGGGCCUGGAGAGGAGACUGGAGUUCCUUCAUGGUGGGAUCUUCAUGCUGGGUCUAAUUGGAUGGAUAUGCAACCUGGUGCUGGAGGCUUCAGUACUCAGUCAUCCCACCAGUCACCUCUGGGGGCAUAUGGCUCUGAUCUAUGUAUUCCCACUCCACAUAUGCUGCCUCCCACCCCACAUCUCAUUGGAACUUUGGAUGCCCAAAUUGAGUCUCAUGCUGCUGAACAAAGUUCAGAUGGUUCCCCUCGUGCGAAAGGUGCUAGGCGUGCAAUGCCACGUAGUGCUGCUCAAACUGCCUGUCGUUGUCCCAACUGCCAGGAAGCAGAACGUGCUGGUUCCAAUGCAGAUGUAACCAAGCGCAAAACCAUGCACAAUUGCCACAUUCCAGGCUGUGGAAAGGCAUAUGCCAAGACAUCCCAUCUGAAGGCUCACUUACGCUGGCAUAGUGGAGAUCGACCAUUUGUCUGCAACUGGCUGUUCUGUGGCAAAAGAUUCACUCGAAGUGAUGAGUUGCAAAGGCACCUACAGACCCAUACCGGGGCCAAAAAAUACCCCUGUCCUUCCUGCAGCCGUGUCUUUAUGCGGAGUGAUCAUCUCACGAAGCACAUGAAGACCCAUGAGGGAGAGACACGGGGGCCCACAGAAACUAUGGGCAAGACCAAGAUAGAGCCAGAAGAGAGUAGCAGUAGUCAUACAAACUGAAAGUUCCCUUCCUAAACUGCAAUCUCUAUAAUGGUGUAGGUGGCCUACACUGUAGGGGAUCUAUCCCUUGCAUGGUUGUCCCCCACAUUCCAAAAUUAGUAGUGUGGGCUGGGUUCUUAUUGAUUUAUUUAUUUGAAGAUAGACAAUUGUCUCUAGCAUUAGCUGAUGCCCUGGUGUAAGAGUAGAGCAAGGGAUAGGGGAUGGGCCAGUAGAAGCAUGUGAUGUUUAAUAAAUCAUUGUAAUUGAGAGAGGGUUGUGGACAAUUAGUCAUUCCCUUGCUGCAGUAACAGUGACUUAGUGAUGGAGUGUUGCAGAGAAUACAGACAACAGUGGACAUCCCUUACGGAACACACUUCAUUCUGCAAAUUGUUCUGCGCACUCCUACUGUGUUUUUGUUUUUUGUUUUUUUCUUUUGGAGACUCCUCAGUCAAUAAGAAGUGCUGCACUGUACAAAAGUAGGAAUAUUGCAUGAAAAGUCCAACUGUCUAGCAUUUUAGAAGGGCCAUUUUCAUAAGAUAAAACAUGUACAUUUUUAUCUUUAAAAUAUAGGUAGUUUAGUCUAAUUUAUGGCUUAAAAGAAUAAUUGGAGAGAAGCAACAUUAGAGCUGCCUUUAUUAUACCUAACACUUGUGUGUGUUUUUCUUUUGCUUUCCUUUUUUUGGUGGGUGGGAUGGGACGUUAGGAGUGUAGUGGGUUAUGUUAUUUUGUUUGCCUUUUAUUAGCUUUUUGGUUUACAUUGGAUGAAGCGCACCUUGAUUCUAGCUGACUUUCUUAAACUCCCCUCCCGCCCAGUGCCACAUUAUCAGACUCUUCUCUUCACUGUGUAAUGCUGCGGUGAUUAGAUGACACAAUUAGAAAAUAAUUGUCAUCACCCCCCCCCCCCCCCCCCCCCCCACCCACUGGGAAUUUGGCCAUGAUCAAGGAUGUUGACCUGCUCUCCUGGUAGUCCAUUAGAUUUUGCUAAAUGUAUGCGUCUUUAAAAUUGCAAGGACGGGUCCCACCUGGGAAUUAGAAACGGGGCCUCCCCGGGUGGGACCUGGCCAUAGACCCUAUACACCGCAAUCCCAUCCCAGCAAUAUGGGUCGGGUUGCCAUCCAGGAUGGAGCUGGCAUCAGGGCGGGAGUGGAGGAGGCGUGGAGAUGAUCUCAUGCAGUGAACGGGUACCGGGUCGCAUCAACCCAGGAAUCCCGUUCACACUGCGACUGGCCCCGGUCAGGUGACCCGGGUAUUCAUCCAUGGCUCCUUUCACACCGCACAGCGACCCGUGCUGACCUGGCAAUAAACUGGGUUGAAACCGGGUUAUUUGUGCAGUAUGAAAAGGGUAUAAUAGACAUAAAGUACCUGGAACUUGGGUAAAUAUGAUGCAAACUCUGUCCUCAAGGCACACUAACAGAGUAGGAUUUAAAAAUAUCAAUGGCUCAGGACAGAUGGUUAAAUUGUACUGACUAAAGUACCAAUUAAGUCACCUGUGGCCAAGCAUGGAUAUAAUUUAAAUCUGGACUGUAAUAGGCCCUACACACUUGGCGAUAUUCUGAAAGAUAUGAACGAUCUCGUUCAUAAAUGAACGAGAACUCGUUCAUAUCUUUCAGUGUGGAGACUUAAGCGAUGAACGAUGCGCGUCCCCGCGCUCGUUCAUCGCUGGUCUCCCGUCGGCUGUGCAUGCAGGCCAAUAUGGACGAUCUCGUCCAUAUUUGCCUGCACUUCAAUGCAGCCGGGUGACGUGGGGAGUGAAGAAACUUCACUCCCCCCGUCACUGCCCCCCCGCCGCCGGGUUGCUCGUCGGCCGUAUCGGCCGUCGGGCACCUCGGCGGCACAUCGCCAAGUGAGUAGGGCCCUUUAGUGCUCCUUGUGGACCGAUUUUGGAAACCAUUGACCUUGAAAUAUUUUCAGUACUUCCCAUGUAAAGGUUUAAGACCAGAUUUUACACCAACUUAAAGCUGGUGCAAUAUUCAAGCGUCUAACAAAGACUGCUCUUGCUCUUCCAAACUCCUCCUUUUUGGCGAUUGCAAAUUUCGUCUGCAAAUGCCACCAUCUUCCACCGUAAAUCAGUGCACCUGACCAAAGAUGAUUUUAUGCUGUGCAUCAAGCUUUGUAAUGGUAAAUGUGUACAAAAUGCUCCCUAUUGUGUGUACAUUUAUUUAAAGUCCCCUCCUUAUCAGAGUUGGCUUAUUGCAAUCCACUCCUUAUGUCUUUAAAUAGUGAUUUAUUUAUUCUUUUAAAUCCACCUUGUGAUCAUUUUUGCGUAUGUGUUUAUUAUUAUUAUUAUUAUUAUUACUACUAAGAAAUGUAAUGUUAGAUUCAUUGUGUCCGUCAGGCUUUUAAAUAUACCUGGGCACUUUUGCUCUAGAGAAUAUAAAGUGUGACUGGGUGAACAGAAUUCAUAAUAUAACUUUUCAGUUCACCUACCCACUGUACAGGCUGCAGAUGGAACAGUUACAUAAAAAGAUAAAUGCUUUUUGUGUAAUUAUAUUGUGCAUUAGAUUCCCUGCAUAGCACUGCAAUAAAUUGUGGGGGUUCCCUUUCUUUUUUUUAACUUUAUAGUAUCCAGAAUGCAUGGAUUAGAGGAAACGCCCUCUGUUCUUCAUUGUUCUGUGAGUGAGGGGCUACCCCUCCCACAUACAGUCUCUACCCAUGUUAUGGGGGGAAUGUGUCUAUAAAACUGGGUGUGGACGUAUAUGGAAAGAGAACAGCUCCACGCCCAGUGAGACACCAGCACGCACCGGCUGCACCCAGGGGAACCAUAGGUGCUGCAUUAACCCCUUGCCUGAUGCUAUGAGAUCAAAUGUUGGCCUAAUGCAGCUGAUGCACAAAGGUGGUCUGUAUAGUUCUAAAUGAAUCCUGUGCCUAUGGUGCAUGAAACUAAUUGCCAAACCCUUUGCUUCCUCUUAAUAAUCCCAAACUGCAAUAUUACACCCUUGCAUGGAAAUCCUAUUAUAAUACAGUUCACAUUAACGUCUUAAAAAUAUUUUUGGCUUUCUACAACACAUACCUGUUUAAGAUGUUUGUGGAUUACAAGGCCUGGGGAUUUCUAGUAUGUUUAUACAUUGGCAGGCUGUGGAUGAAAAUACUUUUUUUUUUAUUUUUUAUUUUUUUUAGCACAGGUAAGAUACUAGAAAUUAUCCCCAAACCUGUUAAUGCUGUUACUGCCAUUUUGCGCUGCUUUUUGGGUACAUAUUUUACUAGCCAUGUGUAAGGAUUUUUGUUUGUUUUUUACCUGCUAUUUGACCUAUCAGAGAAAAAAAAAAAAAAAGUGAGAAGUCGGCCACCAUCUGGGCCUCAGUGUAGCUUUGCUUCUGUGUGCGUGUGGGGGAAAUGAUAAUAAAUAUGUACUUUGUUUUUCAUGCAGUUUCCUGCCAAUUUAACAUUUAUUAUUACAAUAUAUGUUUUUAUGUUUAUGCUGUUGAUUCUACACACGACACAAAGUAAAAUGUUACGUAUUCUGUAUUUCAAUCAUGGCCCCAUCAGUGUCCUGCUUUUGGGGGUUUGUUAUUUAUUAGGUCCGGUCUAGUGGAAGGGAAUUAAGGGCCUAAUUCAGACAUGAUCGACGCACUGCUAAUUUUGUUGUCUUUCUAUCAGAUAGUCGUCGCCCAACGGGGAGUGUUAAUUCACCCUUUGCAAGUCUGUGAUUGCAUGUGUGUGCUGUGCGAAAAUGUACCUGGCAGCGGACGGCUGCAAAUCCGUUUGCAACUUGCUCACCAUCUAAUAGUUUUUCCAGUGUGUGCAGGCCACGACUUACUCCUAUAGUGAGAAAAGAACUGGCUGUUUGGGGCCGGAGCUCAUGUCAUACACCCUCCCUGAAAACGCUUGGGAACGCCGGCGUUUUCCCUGACACUCCCAGAAAACGGGCAGUUACCACCCACAAACGGCCUCUUCCGGUCAAUCAGCUUGCGAAUGACUGCAAUCAACAUUUUUGCACCAGCUUGUCGCUGUUUGGCGACAUGCGUGCACAUUGCAGUACAUAUGCAUGCGCAGUCAAUCGAUAAUCGCCCGCUGUCCAAAAACGCACAGCAGUGAUCAGGUCUGAAUCGAGCCCUAAGUGUGAUAUGGCCAGUAAUUAACUUGAUGUAUUUCAUUAUGAUUUCUUAUGGUUUUAGGAUUUUGCUAAUAAACAAUGUGGGGAAAACUGUCAUGAUUACUCUAGUAUUAAGCCCAGGCCACCGAUCUAGGAAACGUUUUCUUCUAAGGUUCGGUGCUUGACCUCGGCAGCACCACCACAAUCUUGUAAAAAAAAUAAAAUGGAUAAAACGGACGCACAGAAUAAAGUGUUACUGUAUACUCCAAUACUAGACUCAUGAAGUGGCUGGGACUGAAAAUGUUUUUAAAAUAAUUUUGUUUAACUCACAACCAAUCAAUAUAAAUAACUAUAAUGUCUGUGCACUGGUGAUUUCUAAACUGACUGAAGAGCAAACCUUAGUUUUAAAGGGGGAAAGUUGCUUUUGUUUGGCUUGUCCAACUUCAGAUUGUUAUUCCGCAGCUAAAAAGUACCAUGCCUCACUUACACUCUGGGUGUGUGCAGCUAUCGGGUACUCGAUGAUGAAUGAUGAUGAAUCUACUGAUGUUGAUGACAAUAGAUUUGUGAUAGUAAAAAAUAAAUAAAAUUUAAAAACCCAAA